AUGAAGACAUCAAGAGUUACUGUUAGCGCACUUAUAUAUGUUUUAUUGUUCAGUCAGAUCUAUGGAGCAGAUAUCGAGAUGAAGGUCAGGCCAGGAGACAACAUCACUCUUCACUGUGACCGUCCUUUAACUCGUGGUUUGGGCAUAAUGUGGAUAAAAAACAGUUCUUAUGAAUUUCAACCCUCUCUCAUGAUAGAUUAUCGGAAAUCAAAUAAAGUGACCUUUAGUCGUUUCAGUUUUCCUAAAAACUCCAACAUUAAUUCUUUUGAUCUACAUAUUACUAACAUCACAGUCUUUGAUCUGGGACUUUACUACUGUGCUGAAUAUGAGAAAAAUAUCAAUAAAGAUGAUGAAGGCAUUAUAUCCUCAAUUGAAGUGUACUAUUAUGGAAACCAAACAACUCGUCUUUCUCUCGCUGUAACUUCAUGUUCUGGACCGUCCAGCAGCACCGUCUCUCCUCCUCCUCCUGUAUCAGACUGUUUCCUCUGCUGGACGCUACUGGUCAGUGUUUGUGUUGUGUGUUUUCUCAUCUGCUUCAUCUGUGUCUACUGCCUCUAUCAGAGGAAAUCUACAGAUGGUGGAACUGUUAACAGAGAAAAGAUAAAAAGUAGAAAUACUUGUGAGGGUAAUGAUGAUGACGUGUGUUAUGCUUCCUUGGAGGUGAAUGCCAGAAGUCAGAAACAACUAAAGAAGAAACAACAGCAGAGUUCAGACUUCAGUAUUUAUGCUCCGGUCAGAACAGACACAGUACAAAACUUCUGAUUCUGAUGAACUUUCUGAUGGUUAGGAAAGACAAAUGAGCCAUUAUAUUCGAAACCUUGUGACUAACGCAACUAUUUCAUGUCUAAAAAUGUAUGCAGAUACCGUACAGACAAAUCCAAUAUGCUUCAGCAUCAUGCUCCAGUAUAUAUUACAGUGUUAUCUCUCUGAUAGAGUUGCACUGAUUUUGUGUUGUGGGCCAUGGGCUGACCCUCUCUCACUGUCUGCUGGUGAAAAUGUGUAGCUGUGAUCUAGAUAAUAUAUGGGACCAAAGUAAAAUGGCAUUUUUUCUUUUUUAGUGUUGCUGUAUUUCACCUGCCUUUGUUGAAGCAAAUCAUGAUGACAUGAAUAACAGGAUGUUGGACAGGAUGUGCAGUAUGGUUCAAAGUAAAAUAUUUAUAGUUACUGUAGGAACAUUUAUCAUUUUUUUUAUAUAAGCACCUUUAAAUUUCAUUUUUAAACAUGUUAAGAGUUUGUAAGCAUUCUGGGCCUGCUGAAUAGGUCAAACUUGCAAAAUCUAAAGCUGCUUUUGUGGCAACAUUGUUACUUUGUCGCCAGAAGUCCGUCAAGGAUAAAUUAUUUUAGUUUUUUUUUUUUGCAUUGGUAAAUGUAAGAUCAAUGACUUUAAAUAAUUUUUAAGUAGGCCUAUUUUUCAUUAUUUUCCUGUAAGGCCUGCAGAUCUUCAAAUGUGUUAGGUGUCAUCAUUUCACAUGCUGUGUUUUUUGCUGAAGGGUCUUUCAUUUUCAGUCAUAUAGACAAUCUUAACCACAUAUGUUUCCACUGAAGUUCAACUCGUAGAGACAGAAAUAGAUGUGACAUUGUGUGUGCUUGUUUACAUGUAUGUGGUCAGUUUGUGGUAGAGUUGGUUUGUAUGCAUGCUUUGUCUGCAGUUUUCCUGUACAUUCUCACAUUUACUCGAAAAUGAGACCAACUGUGUGUAUCUGCCUAUCUUUUAGAGCUCAAGGGUGGACAUUACAGUUUAAACACAAUUAGGGUUAAAACACAAUAUACAAUAGUUAAGAUUAAGACUCUUUAAUCUACUAAUUUUAAUCUACUUUAAUUUACUAGACAAGGACUGUACAAUUUACAAAAAAUGUAAUGCGUCUGCAAAGUUACUUACUAACAAAGUUGUUAGUGGGUAGUCAAGGACUAGUACAAGUUUAAAGUUUGAAAACAAAUAUCAACAUCUGAAAGUGACAGAUCUCAUAUCAGCUGUCAAAGUAGUCAAUGUGGACAGUUUUAGAUUUGCUUUUGUAAAAUCGUUACAAUAUACAAGGAGUAUAAAAGUUUAAAGUCCAAUUAAUGUUUUUCAUUUGACUGUCA